CUUUGUUUCACGCCGGGUGGAUUGUAGAGGUGUCGUCCCAGUAGGUAGUUGCAUCAGAAAUACGGGGUUUCGAGCGUCACUGGCACCGUCAUGUUAUGCCAGUGUUGGCCGCUGUGUCAAUGUAACUCGAAAUGCAACACUCGCUCCAGCUAACUAGUUUAGUUGCAACACUGUGGUGUCUAACCUCUCGCUGAAAACUUGCCUGGUCCUACUCAGGCUCUCGUUUUCUGUACGUCUGCACCGCAUCACGACUUAUUCCUGUACCGUCUUGGGUUGCUACAUUAGCAUGUGAGCAUCGUGCACACCCGCCGCCUCUCGCAGCCGUAAUGGCCACCUCCAUCCUCGACAUUCAGCGAAACAUCAUUCUCGGCACGAUACGAGCGACGUCUGGAAGAGAUUGGAAAGUCUUGGUCUUGGAUGAGCAAAGCAGGAAACUCGUGUACAAUGUUACCACGGAAGACGAUAUAUUAAAUGCCAACAUCACCAACAUCGAGCAACUUGAACAGCGCAGGCAGACGCUUUCGGACACGGACGCCAUCUACCUCCUGUCCCCAUUACCGCACAUAGUGGAAUGUCUAAAGGCCGAUUUGAGUCGAAGGCGAUAUCGUCGGGCACACCUAAUAUGGACUUCACAGUUACCACAAUCCCUCGCUGAGGAGAUCUUUCGUUCCGAGUCACGAGCGCAGUUGAUCGCCGAGUCACGCAGUCUCAACAUUGAUUACUUUCCUCGCGAGUCGAACCUGAUUACCUUUAAAGAACCUUGGAGCUUCCAUAUCCUCUACCAUCCGGCAUGCGACUCGUUGGUCAAGAACCAUUUGGAUGCAUUGACCCAGAAAAUCGUCUCAAUAUGCGUUUCGCUGGGAGAAUACCCGUUGAUUAGGUAUUACAAGCCAAGAGAAUACGAGAGACAUGCGGCCGAUGUCCUGUGCUAUCAUUUGGCCAAUUUUGUGCAAACUGCCUUGGACAACUAUGCCCGUGAUGAACGAAAUGAUUUCCCGCCUCAGUCUCAGUCAAAUCGACCUCGAGCCGUCCUCCUCAUCACCUCUCGAUCCAUGGACCUGAUCUCGCCGUUUGUUCAUGAACUCACGUACCAGGCUAUGGCUAUGGACCUGUUACCUAUCGGGGAUGACGGGGAAAAGACCACAUACAGAAAUGUCAUCAGACGGGGGCAGCCUGACCAAGAAGAAAAGGACGUGGAGAUCAGUGAGAGAGAUAAUCUCUGGGUUGCUCACCGUCAUAUGCACAUGAAAGACCUUCUGGUGCAACUCAGUGAAGAGUUCAGGAGGUUCCAGGCCAAAAACCCACAGUUUGCCGACAACGACGGGCAACCUGCCAGUAUCAACACGAUCAAGGACAUGUUGGCUGGACUUCCCGAAUUCCAAGAGGGCAAAGAAGCAUUCUCAUUGCAUAUUGAUAUGGCCGAGAGAUGUGCAAAGGUUUUCUCCGAACGGAAGCUUCUGGACGUUGUGUCGCUUGAACAGUCGCUUGCGACCGGAGUGGAUGAGGACAACAGACGUCCGAAGAAUACGGCAGAUCAACUUGUGAGGCUGCUGGACGAUGAUAGUGUUGUCCACGAAGACCGUUUAAGGUUGUUGAUAUUGUAUAUUCUGUACAGGUACGGCAUUCUGCGCGGCGACAUUGAAAAAUUGCGAUGUCACGGACAACUGUCGCCUAUGGAUGGCGAAAUUAUCUACAAUCUCGUCACUUUGGGGGCGAAAGUCGAGAAACAACUCAAAGAAAACAACCAGCCCCCGCCACCAUUGUUUCCCCCAAGGUUCAGAGACAACACUAAUGCCGAAGAAGUGAGCUUGUCUCGGUUUGAACCAGCCUUGAGAUACAUGUUGGAGGAUCAAUGCCAAGGGACACUGGACACGAAUGUCUUUCCACCCGUGAAGCCGCAUUUGAACGAUCCCAACUCGCAGCUGAAUGCCGCUCAAACGUCGCUGAGGAGUGCUGGAAAGCCUACAUGGGCACAGACUCGAUCUCAAUCCAACAAGCCCCGUCAACGCAUCAUCGUGUUUAUGGCCGGCGGUGCCACUUAUGCCGAAGCACGAGCUUGUUAUGAAGUUUCCAAGGCGGCGAAUAAGGAGGUGUUUCUGGCCACGACGCAUAUGAUCACGCCGAAACACUUCCUGCGACAGCUGAGCCUGUUGAGCGCAGGUCGCAAACAACUAGACCUUCCCAUGGAUCGGCCUCCGCCCAAACUUCCAGCUUGGAUGUCGGAGGCUCCCCCACAAAGCCAACAACCAAGACCUCAGGCUCCUCCGAAAGGUAGACCACAGGGCACCAUGAGGCCUCCCACUGAGGCCAUGCAGAACAUGACCAUUGGAGGGAGACCAGACAAAGGCGUUCCCGUGCCUGUGGCAGUAUCUCAACCGCCCUCUUCUACCCCUCAUCCUUCCUCGUCCGGGAGCGAUGGCCGGACAAAGUUGAAGAAGGAGAAGAAGCAUCUCGGAUUGUUCAAGAAGCACUAGACAGACAGUGCUGUUUCUUUGACUUAGCAUGGCGUUUGGAGAGGUAGUUGUUGAGCGUGCAUAUGUGAUAAACCGUGUGGUUAGUGGUUGACUUUGUAAAUAAACUGAUGCAUGCCGCAGUGGGUCAACCAUUCGGUCCCAGAUACUGCUCCAAAUCCUGACCCCCAUAAAACACUCUUCGCAG